CUGCAUUUAAAAAUGGCCAACGCCGCAGGCGGUCAACCACUUGUAAUUUUCACCUUCCAGGUUCCAGUUUCUACAGUAAACCGUUUGGUCAACGAUUAAUUUUCCGACAGGCGGUCGUCACGAUUCAAGACAAUUACUUCUGCCCGCUUAUACUCUUCAGUGCUAUUCACACGUACUUUCAAUUAGACGUUAAAAGUACGGUGGAUGGCCAACCGCACCAAAGUGAAAGGAAGGACAAAGGAUCACCGCGGAAAAGGAUCCGUGUAGUUGAACCGUGUACUAUGAAUUGGAACGUAAAAUGGAGGGCCGUGUAGCUGGUCGACAAUAUUCGUUGUUAUCCUCCGCCGCCUUUCCCUGCUCGUGAAGAUCCCACUACUCGAUAUUGUUACUUUAUCGUAAACGAGGGUGGAGAAUGGAAUGGAUGGAUCGUGCCCCCUACUCCUCUCAAAUUUUGGCGAACAGAAUGGUUCCGAUCGUGGAGUUGGAUAUCUGGUGCAGAAGUUGCCACUGUACAGGCCAAGCCCAGACACGAGUGACUUGGGCUACCACACCUUGGACAAUAGUGCUUGCAGGUCAUCGUCAUCUACUUCAAACGUCACAGCUCCCAUCAAACAUCAACACCAGCAUCAACAGCAAAAGACUCUCUGCCAAUUGGACGAAGAAUUGUUAUUGAAGAUUUUCGACUGGCUUACAACCAAGGAACGAUGUACAGUAGCUCAAACAUGCCAUCGACUGCGAGAAGUUGCAUGGCAUCCCUCCCUAUGGCACGACAUAGAGAUGGACCAUACGCAGUGCGUGACUACAGCGAUGAAUGCAAUAGCAUAUCAUGGCCACCAUUCCAGAAUCCAUCGUCUCAUCCUGAACGGAGCCAGCGGACAUCCUGGAGUCCUAGCCGCUCUUCCUUUGCCAAGACUGACGACUCUGGCCUUGCGUCACCUGAGACAUGUUAAUGAUGACAUUGUUGCAGCAAUACUGGACAAUUGUAUGCAUUUAAGAGAGCUAGACUUAACCGGAUGUGCCUUUGUCACAAGAGCCUAUACUCACCGCAGUGCUCUGCAGCUCCAAUCGUUGGAUAUGAGCGAUUGCCACGGCGUGGACGAUGCUGGUCUUGCUCUCACCCUUUCUCGCAUGCCUCAUCUCUCUUGUCUUUAUUUACGACGUUGUGCACGAAUAACCGAUGCCAGCCUUGUUGCUGUGACUUCAUACUGCGGAACUUUGCGUCAACUUUCCGUAUCAGAUUGUGGAAGAGUAACAGAUUUUGGUGUGCGAGAAUUAGCUGCGCGUUUGGGUCCGUCUUUGAGGUACCUUUCCGUUGGCAAAUGUGAUCGUGUUUCGGAUGCUGGAAUCCUAGUUGUCGCACGACAUUGCUACAAGUUGAGAUACCUAAAUGCCAGAGGAUGCGAAGCACUCAGCGAUACUGCUGUCCUCGCAUUGGCCAAGGGCUGCCCUCGCAUGCGUGCCUUUGACCUCGGGAAGUGUGACAUUGGUGAUGCAACCCUGGAGGCUCUAUCAACAGGUUGUCCAAACUUGAAAAAGCUUUCUUUACGGGGCUGUGAACGCAUAACUGAUGAUGGCCUUGAAGCUCUUGCCUAUUAUGUCCGUGGCUUGCGGCAAUUGAAUAUUGGAGAUUGUCCAAAAGUCACUUGUCUUGGAUAUCGUGCUGUUAAACGCUAUUGUCGACGCUGUGUCAUUGAGCACACCAACCCUGGCUUUUCGAGUUGAUCUUUAGCAUCAUUUGCGUGUCAUCACUCGAUCCAGUGUCAAUUUUACAUAUAAGUACAUUUUUUUUUGUUCUCUUCAACUGCCACAUUCCACGGAAUGGAGCAGUCCCAAUUUUUGGGAUGAUUUUAAUCCGUCCAGUGCCACUUAGUGUUGCCAUAUGAAAAUAUUAAAUUGCAUGAUGAUCGUGUAAAGAUUAGUAUUGAGAAUUAAACGUCCAUGUACAAUUGCAGCAUCAGAUGAAAAGAGAAGACAUAAAUAUAUAUAUGUGUAAAAUUUUAUAGACUAAUAUUUGGUAAACAAAAAACGUAUAUUCGCCUUAUUCAACGUAUACCGUAUUUACCUGAAAAUAAGACACAGUGCACUAUGAAACUUGAUAAACCAGUGCUCAAAGUUGACAGUUUCUUAUUUUUGUGUAAAUAUUUUUACUUACACGAAUGUAUACGCUACAUUAACAUUACAAUAGACUGUAUAAAAUUUAUGAUUAGUGAGUUGGAAGCGUACAUGACCCUAAAGAAAUUUGAUCCAUAAGAAUGUAUUAAAACGACAAUAUUUAACAAAAUUUUCAAAUUAUUUGAUCAGCAUGAUCAAUGAGCAUAAUGAUGAGCAAUAAAAUUCUAAAUUUUUAAAAAAUUUUUUCCCAUAUUAUUUAAAUGGGAAAUAGAAAAUUGAGAAUCGCCACCUCUAAAUAUCAAUAUUAAGAGCUCAUAUUUUACUGAGGUCAUUUUUGAGGGACACUCGGAAGAUUUUUCAAUGUUCUUCGAAAAAAAAAAUAGUCGGUUUUUUUGAAACACUCAAUGUAUAAUGAUGAGUGUGACGAAAUAGAUAGGGAUAGAGGGUAUAUCUGAAAAUAGAUAAUGAAAUUUUAUACCUAUGCGUUUUCUAUACAAAAUGCAUAAAACAGAUUAUCGCGUUAUAGCAGCGGGAUCUUUUUUUUCCCUACCGUGUUCGUUGAUGUUCAAAGUCCUUUUAUCUCAUCCCAACUAACACAUUCUUGCAUGUUUAUUAAAAUGAUGGAGGUGUUACUUUUUCCCUGUUCGAAUAUAUUUUGCGAGGGAAAAAUAGAAGCUCCAUUGCAAAAUCGAGGGUUAUGGGUAGGCGAUAUAUAAAUAAAUAUAUAUAAAUAUAUAUAUAUAUAUAUAUAUAUAUAUUUCUUUUUAACACGUGUCAAAAGUUUUAUAUUUAUAAUCUAUAGUAUUUAACGUAAUAAAUUAAAGAAGUAACGAAUAUCGAAAUGAAUAUAGCAUGAUGAUAAUGACUUCAUGUCUUGUUAUAUUUUUAAUUUAUUUCUCGCAAUAUAUAAUGAUGUAAAAACAAAAAAAUACGAAAAUAUUAGAUAUAAAAAAUAAAACAUCCAUUACAUAAA